AUGAAUAAAUUCUAUGUUGUUUAUGUUGGAAAAACUCUUGGGAUUUACAUGUCUUGGCAAGAAUGUAAAGAACAAAUCUCUAACAAUUCCGUGACAAGAAAUAAAAAGUUUACUGACAAAAAAGAAGUGCAACUUUUCAUGAAAAGUUCCGGUAUCAGAAUCAACUUUGAAAAUAUUGAUGUAGUUGUAUCGGAGAGAGGUUUGCAAAAUAAGAAAAGUUCAGAGAUUUAUGCUAAACUCUUUAUUCCUUCUUGGAAAAAAAAUAAUUGGAAAAACAAUAUACAAAAUAAAAAUUUGUUUAUAAGAAUUGAUGAGCUUUUUGAGUUAAGACCUGGUAAGAUUAUAUUAACAUUUCAAGAAAAUUGUAGUAAAUUUGUUCAAGAUCUGGCAUUAGAAGGUGCAGAGAAAGAGUUUGUUGAGCAUAUGGAAGUUGAUGUUGAAACAAAUAGCAGUCUGGCCUCCAGCUCGCACAACCUUGAGGCGGCUAUGCAUCAAGGCUUAGGUUUAACGCGUGGCGAGCCUGGCCUCAAAUGGCCAGGAUCGAUUCGCUAG